AUGUUUGUGAAAGAGGCAGAUCCAUGCGAUUUGUGGCGUUUAGACGUUAUAGGAAUUUCAGAUCCUAUUGAAAAAGUAAAUAAAAAUAUAAAAGACGAACAAACGCUAAAGUUUUUGAUAGAUUCGACAAUAUUGACUGAGAAAGAUUAUGACGCUGUUUUCCGAGAGUGGGUAUCUGAAGGAAUUAUUGAGGAAGUUGAGGAUAACAAAAUGCAAAACGGUCUUCAUUAUUUACCGCAUUGUCCAGUGGUCAAGUUGCAAAGUACGACAGUAAUUCGCCCGGUUUACGACGCGUCGACCAAACGUGAAGGUUUUCCGUCGUUGAAUCAAUGCCUAGAACGGGGGCCAAAUUUAAUCGAACUCGUGCCGAAUGCAAUAAAUCAAUUUAGAGAAAGAGCCAUUGGGGUGAUAGCCGACAUCCGAAAGGCCUUUUUGCAAAUAAGCGUUAACGAAAAAGAUAGAAAUUAUCUCAGGUUCCUGUGGGUUCGAGAAGACAAAGUGUUGAUUUUUCGUCAUUGUAGAGUCGUGUUUGGAUUGUCGUGUAGUCCUUCUAUUUUAGCUGCAAUAAUAAAGUUACUUUUGAGUUCGGCUCAGGAAAAAGCAAAAAAUUCGCAAUGUGAUUGGUCAGAAAAAACAGUCGAAAAAUUGUGCGAUGCGUUUUAUGUAGAUAAUUGUGCAACCAGUCUAAAUUCUGAAACAGAAAUAAAAUCAUUUGUGCAGGAAUCCACUGCAAUUUUUGCGUCGCGAGGGUUUGACCUUCCAGCUUGGGAAAACACGAAUGAUAACAUUGAAAAAGAAUCUACAUUGGUAUUAGGCUUGCUUUGGAAUAAGAAAAGAGACACAAUUUCAAUUAAUCCAAGUACAUACAUUCGAAUCAGAAGAUAUUCAAUUAAUAACAAAGCGCACGAUUCUUUCGGCUACGCAUAA